AUUUGUCUAGUCGCUUCCCUUCCCUCUCCUCGCGCGGAUCAUUACUUCCACCUUCCUUCUCCUCUUCCCUACCUCCCAACCUUCUCCCGCCAAUCUAGGGUUCCUUUCUUCCCUUCUCCCCCUCCCUCUUGCUCUCCUGCUCACUCAACUUCGAUUCCGUUAGCUCGCCGGUUCCUCCAAGGUCUCGAGCUGUUGGUUAUGACGAUCCCCGAUUCGGGGUCCAUGAUGGAUGAUGGCGCGAGCUGCUUGCCUAUCCCUCCGGAGGAGGAGUACCGGAUCGUCGAGGAGUUGACGAAGAUAUCUGAGUGCAAUCUGAAGGAAGGCAAUGUCUACUACGUCAUUUCUAAUAGGUGGUACAGUUCCUGGAAGCGAUAUGUAACGCAGAGUGGAGAUCAAAACUUAGAUGGCAAGCAAUCAUUAGAUUCCUUGGUUUCUUCAGAUACAUCCAAUAGACCGGGGCCAAUUGAUAAUUCUGAUAUACUGUCGAAUGUGACUACUUGUGAGGGUGAUGAUCUAGAGUUGAAUAGAGUGCUACAAGAGGGGCAAGACUAUGUUUUAGUUCCUCAAGAAGUUUGGGAGAAGCUCUUCAGCUGGUAUAAAGGAGGACCAGCCUUACCCAGAAAGAUGAUUUCAAGUGCUAAUAAUUUCAUUGUGGAGGUUUACUUGCUUUCUUUGAAGUUAGUCGACUCUAGAGACAAUAGCCAGUCAGUUAUAAGGUUAAGCAAAAAGGCUUCCAUUGAUGAGCUUUAUCAAAGAGUAUGCUCACUCAAAGGAUUAGAGAUAGACAAGGUUAAUAUCUGGGAUUGCUUCAACAAACAGAAGAGGGUCUUAUUAGCUCGUUCAAGCAACACAUUAGACGAUGAGCUUCUGCAAAUGGACCAGGAGAUACUUCUGGAGGUGGCAGAUGAUGGAAGUUUUGAUCCUCGACUUGGUACCCAUUCUAGUAGGAAUGAUUUAGCUUUGGUAGCCCUUGAACCUUCGAGGUCAUCUGUGACAAUUGCAGGAGGACCAACUAUGUCAAAUGGUCAUUCAACAGGACAAAACUUUUACCAAAGAAGUUCCUUAAGUUCAACAAGUUCUUAUAAGGAUGAUGCAUAUGAUGUAUUCAGCUCCACCAGUAAAGGCGAGAAAGGAGGUCUGGCAGGAUUGCAAAAUCUUGGAAAUACAUGCUUUAUGAAUAGUGCCAUCCAAUGUUUAGUCCACACAACCCCCAUUGUUGAGUAUUUUUUGGGAGAUUAUACUGAUGAUAUAAAUGCAGAGAAUCCACUUGGGAUGCGUGGUGAGCUUGCCCUUGCAUUUGGUGAGUUGUUGAGGAAAUUGUGGUCCUCAGGGCGAACCACAAUGGCUCCACGUGCUUUCAAAGGGAAGCUUGGCAGAUUUGCGCCACAAUUUAGUGGCUAUAACCAGCAUGAUUCUCAAGAACUUCUUGCCUUCCUGUUGGAUGGGCUUCACGAGGACCUGAAUCGUGUUAAAAAAAAGCCUUACAUUGAGAUAAAAGAUUCAGAUGGUCGUCCAGACAAGGAAGUUGCUGAAGAAUCCUGGAGAUAUCAUAAGGCACGGAAUGAUUCCAUAAUUGUGGAUGUGUGCCAGGGUCAGUAUAAAUCAACGCUUGUAUGUCCAGUUUGCGGCAAAGUUUCUAUAACAUUCGAUCCCUUCAUGUACCUGACACUGCCACUACCUUCAAAUGUGACGCGUAUAAUUACAGUAACAGUGUUUUACUGUGAUGGAAGUGGUCUUCCAAUGCCAUAUACUGUGACAGUGCCUAAACAUGGUUCCUGUAAAGACCUGAGCCAGGCAUUGGGUACAGCAUGCUGCUUGAGGCCUGAUGAAAGCCUUCUGCUGGCUGAGGUUUAUGAUCAUCGAAUAUUUCGAUAUUUGGAUAACUCACUGGAUUUGACCAGUGUUAAGGAUGAGGAUUGUUUAGUCGCAUAUCGGCUUCCCAACAGAGGGGCUGGAAAAACAAAAUUGGAAAUAAUGCAUCGUUGGCUAGAAAGGGACACACUGGACAGCUUGAAGGGCCAUGAUCGGAAGCACUUUUUGACACCUCUCGUCAUGUAUUUAGGAGCAGACUCACUAACAGGAGCAGAUAUAGAAAUGGCUGUUUCCAGAAUGUUGUCUCCUUUGAGAAGAGCAUGCUCUCCGGGCAAAAUUGAUAACGGCUCCCCUUCAAGGGGCAUUGAAGAGCCGUCUGAUAGCAGCAGUGACCAAUCUGGAUCUAAGAACCACGAAAUGCUGGAGACGGAUGAGGAGGAUUCUUCGAGUAGGGAGCUAGCCUUCCAUCUGUCCUUGGUUGAGGAUAGGCCUUCUACUAUCAAGCCAAUUCAUAAAGAUACUAUCAUCAAGCCUGGUCUAACAAUAAAGGUUAUGUUGGAUUGGACUGAGGAAGAGCGUGAACUAUAUGAUCCCAGCUACCUCAAAGAUCUACCUGAAGUCCAUAAGAGUGGGUUCACUGUGAAGAAGACCAGGCAGGAAGCAAUCUCCUUGUUCUCGUGUUUGGAUGCGUUUUUGAAGGAAGAACCACUUGGGCCCGAUGAUAUGUGGUACUGUCCCAGAUGCAAGGAACAUAGACAGGCCACAAAAAAGCUGGACUUGUGGAAGUUGCCUGACAUUCUUGUCGUUCAUUUGAAAAGGUUCUCCUACAGCAGAUUUAUGAAGAAUAAACUCGAUACAUUCGUUAACUUCCCCAUCCACAAUCUCGAUCUGACGAAAUACGUGAAAGCCGACAAUGGCCGGACAUACGUGUACGAGCUAUACGCUAUCAGCAAUCAUUACGGUGGUCUUGGUGGGGGGCACUACACCGCCUAUGCUAAGCUGAUCGAUGAGAACAGAUGGUACCAUUUUGACGACAGUCAUGUUUCUCCAGUUGGUGACGCGGAGAUAAGGACUGCAGCUGCAUACUUAUUGUUCUACCAAAGAGUCAAAGCCACCGAUCGCAAUGUCUGAGUGGGGGAGACAUCCCGGAGCCACAUGAUGUCUUCUUGAAGGGUAAUAGGCUGCAGUCCAAUUUUGGUGUCUCUGGGUUCCCGGUAGCUUCUCAUGCUCAGUCCUCUUCUCCGCAUUUGUCAAGGCAUGUCAGUUGAAAGCACACACCACGAAAGAGCCAAAGGUCUCUGGAUAUCUUUUUAACAACUAAAGCGGCGCUCCGAUUGCACUAGCAGAAUAGUAGCUUGGUGGGGAUUUCGGAAAGCACGACCAAUGGGAGCUAGGCGGGUUUUGAUUAGUUGUGGUAUUGCUAUAAAAAGUUACGAUAUAUACUUGUCUUUUGGUAAGAGGGGAUAUCAACGGCUGAUUGUUUUAGUGGCAGACUCGUAUAAUACUCCGUCAUAACGGGAGCAUAUUUUCUAGCAAUUCUUGUAGCAAAACUUGGAUGUUACAAUGCAGAUCGCACUGUUAUUAAUUAAUUA